AUGCGUGCGGGCAACUUUUUGCCCGCCCUGGAAGUAGGAGCAGUCGCGCUCCCAAGGACUGCCGCCCACCGCCCGGCGAGCCGCGGGCGAGAGUGCCCGCCGCCCCUCCCCCACUUCCGCCUCCCGCCUCUUCCUCGUUCCCGGCUCCCAGGGCCCGUCGGGCCCGGGGGAGACCCGGAGGCGCAGCCCCGCCCCGGCCCGGCGCGGCUCGCUCCCACGCCCCCGCCGCUGCCUCGCCGGAGCGGACAGACUGAGUCAGCGGGGGCGCCAGGCGCUGCAGGAGCUGAGAUGGACCCAAACCCUCGGGCAGCCCUGGAGCGCCAGCAGCUCCGGCUGCGGGAGAGGCAGAAGUUCUUCGAGGAUAUUUUACAGCCAGAGACAGAGUUUGUCUUUCCUCUGUCCCACCUGCACCUUGAGUCCCAGAGACCUCCCAUAGGUAGCAUCUCUUCCAUGGAAGUGAACGUGGACACACUGGAGCAGGUAGAACUGAUUGACCUCGGAGACCAGGAUGGAGCAGAUGUGUUCUUGCCCUGUGAAGACCCUCCGCCCACCCCUCAGACGUCAGGGGUGGACAGCCACACAGAGGAGCUGAGCCUGCCGAUACCCACGUCCGACAGGACCACAUCCCGGACCUCUUCCUCAUCUUCUGACUCCUCUGCCAACCUGCACAGCCCAAAUCCGAGUGACGAUGGAGCAGACACGCCCUUGGCACAAUCUGAUGAGGAAGAGGAUGGGGGUGAUGGAGGGGCAGAGCCUGGAGUCUGCAGCUAGCCCCGGGCCCCUCCUACAGACUGACAGAACUGGUGGCUCUCAUUGGGAGGACCUGGGCCCAGCCUGAGCCCUUCGGGGGACAGACCAGACUACCUGCAGUAGGACAGGAGGACAGGACGGUGGGACGGUGCAGCUCUCUGAGAACUAACCCUCUCCUGCUUUUCUGCUAACCACUUCCUGCCAGGGCUGUGGUGGGACUUGCCAAGGAGAUGGAAGACCAAGUGGGAUGAGAUGCCACUGCCUUUCUCAGCACUCCUCCCUGCCCCACACAAUCCUACAGUUCUCUCAUUGGGUCCGUGAAGCCAGCACCUCUAAAUGGACGUGAACUCCUUAGGACUCUAAGUGAGGUGGUCCUUCAACCAGCCUGCCUCCUUACAUCCUUUUUGGAACAGGGCACGGUAUAACUAAUAAAUCAAUAACAACAUACUGAGCAUUCCUUUUCAUUUUCCACAUUGCAGAGCUAAUUGGGCCCUUUAUGCAUCCAGCUCUGUGACCAGCACUAAAUCCCAGUUGUGCAUUUGACCCACCUAAUCAUGAAAUAAUUGCUGCACACCUAUGCUAGAUAUUUGGAAAAGUUUGGAGCAGAACAGGCUGUGCCCCUUGCCUUCAUGGAGCUUCCUACCCAUGGAGGAGAAAGCUCACAGCGUAAUAGUGAAGUAUCUUGACAGGGAACUGCUGUAGCACCAGAUGGCUUCAAGGAGUUCAUGGAAAACGAAAUUAAAAGGUACCAAUUUGUGUGCAAGAAGAUUUUAAUGUCUACACAUAAUAAGUGUAGUCUGUGAGCUUUCGGAAGACCCCUUGUACUAGAAAAUAAGGGCAUUAUAGCUUAGCUCGUAUGGACCUUGAAGAGCUGUCAUUCGAACUGAGGUCUGAAGGAUACUUAGAGGGAAGCCGGGACAGGGAUGGGGAGUGAGCAGGCACAAAGGGUGGGUUCUGAAGACCACAGGGAGGGAAGAAAUGCAUUUGGUUUGGCUGAAUUUUUGGAUGAGGGGAAGGGAAAAGACUGACAAGGUUAGGUUGUGAAAUGCCUGGAGGCCUGUGUUGAGUUUCAUUUUGACUAAUAAAAGAGCAUGACUUCAGAAGUAAGUUCUUUUCCUCAUAUAAAAGACGUCCAGGAUACGGUGCUCUAUGGAAGCUCCGUGUUGUGGUGCCCUGGACUCCUGUGUGGCUCUUCUUGCUCAGCCAUGUGAAGUAUGAGCUUGCAUUCUCACUGAUGCCUCAUGUCUAAAAUGGCUGCAAGAGCCCUAGACCAUGACCUUGAAGCUGGUGGAAAGCUGAAUAAAUGGAGGAUGGGCAGAGGGCAUUAAGAAGUGUUUUUGGAUAGACUGGUGCAGUGGCAUAGCACAUUAAGCCUUAGCCU